CUCAAGAAAAGCAAUAAUAGCAAUAACGAUCCUAUAAACACAAAGAAUUCAAAGUGUGAACAAAAGUACAAACAGUUCCAAUUAACGACGAAGUAGAUGCUAGUUUCCUCCAAAACAGAUCAUAAGUUAUCAGUCAUCGAAUUGUGAACAUUCAUUUACACAUCAAUUUACAAGGACUCACGGUUGAUCGGUUAUCGUUCUCGAACGAGAUAAGCGAGUUUAAUCAGAAUCACGACAAUUCGGUGAUAAUUAUUUCUGUUAGACGUGUAGAAAGGAGAGGUGAAGUGCGUAUGGAAUCCCCAGAGUGUAGCAGUGUUUUAACAGAACCCCGGACAACAGUCCCGUCGUCGUUCUGUCGACGUAACACGAUGACGCCGGACAAGCAGAGCUCCGCUUCUUUGUAUUGUCGAAUCUGUCACGAAGAUGGAUCUUCGGAAGAAUUAGUGGAUCCUUGUAAGUGUUCUGGUACCUUGGCACUGGUCCAUACUGGAUGCUUAGAGAAAUGGCUGUCUACUUCGAAUAAGAAUCGCUGUGAGAUCUGCAAGUAUCCAUACGUAUUACAAAGGACGAAUAAAUCCUUUUCAGAGUGGUGGAGUAGCAGGAACGCUUAUGGACCUCAGGGUAUUGCUGGAGAUUUUAUUUGUCUUAUGGUACUGACGCCGCUGUGCGUUGCGGCAACAUAUCUUUGUGGCAUUGGUGCAAAUGCUUACUCACGUCUUGGAUUCUGGGAGGGAACUGGGUUGGCCAUACUGUGUUUUAUGCUAGUUGCUACUUAUUCCCUAUGGUUGAUUGUUACUAUAAGGUUCCAUUUUAAAUCCUGGCGACAGUGGCGCCAACGUAAUCAGGAUGUGAAGCUUCUCGUAAAGCACAAGAUGGCCGACGGACUCGAGUCAAAGUAUCUUGAUAAUAAUAUAAAAGAAGAAGAAGUAAGAAUUAAUACACUCGAACGACUCAGUACUAUUUUUCGAUUAAUUUCUUGGUUAGGUUUACCAUUUGGAUAUACAAAUGAUCCUUCCUUUGAUGUUCAGCAACAUGCGUCUUUGGUUUGAUCGAAAGAACAGGAAGCUUUCGUCACUUAAAAUUCCUUAUGCAUGUUACUGGAGUCGAUUAAGACUUUUUUAUUGAUAGUGAACAUUGAUUUUACAAAGUUUAUAAAGCACGAAGUGUCUUUUAAAUGUAUUCCGUAUCGUGACAAUAUUUUAUAGAAUAUUAGAAGUUCAAAUUAUUAAUUCAAUACCCAUAUUUAAUUGAACUUUCAAGUGUCCGUAAUUUCUUAUACUUCUGAAUUUAAAAUACUAGAAGAAUAAAAAACGAUUGUGAUACGAAUUAAUGAACUAUGGAAUUUUCAGUAAAUAAAUUAUAUUUUUUAUAACAAGA